UAUACUGGCACGACAAGUCUUGAGAAAUCGAGCGGUGUUCUGGUGAGAUCUGGCACUAAUUAACUGAAGCUUCCAUCAAAUUACUCCAACAAUGGCUUCCAAGUUGGUAAUGGUCUGUAUCUUUGCGUUUGAUCUUAUUGCUUUCGGUUUAGCUAUUGGAGCUGAGCGGAGAAGAAGUACGGCUACAAUUGAAAUGGAUGAGGAAAAAACCUACAGCUACUGUGUGUAUGACUCAGACAUUUCAACUGGUUUCGGUGUCGGUGCUUUCUUGUUCCUAAUGGCAAGCCAAGCUCUUAUAAUGAUAACCACUAGGUGCUUCUGCUUUGGAAGGGCUUUGAACCCUGGAGGUUCAAGGGCAUGUGCUGUUCUCCUCUUCAUUAUCUGCUGGGUGAUGUUCUUCAUUGCGGAGGUAUGUUUGCUGGCUGGUUCAGUGAGGAAUGCAUAUCACACCAAGUACAGAUCAUCGUACCUAAUCAACGAUCAGCCGCUGUCCUGUGAGACUGUGAGGAAGGGGGUGUUUGGAGCCGGAGCAGCCUUUGUGUUCUUCACUGCCAUAGUCUCCGAGUUCUACUAUGUUUCCUACUCCAAAGCCAGACAUAGUGUUGGACCAUAUGGCGGAGAGAUUGGUGUCGGUCUCGGGCCGUACAAAUGAGCUUUUAUCUUUAUACAGAGUAUAAAAGAUGCACUCCAUUUAUGACGUUCCAGAAUGAGGUUACCGGUUACUAAAAAUGUUAGACUGAGCUAUAAUCACAAAAUAAAAGUUGGGGCAAGCUUUUAUUUUAUUAUUACACUGAUGAGAGGGCGGCUUUCACACUCAGACUGGUUUUGUACUUUUGUUUUUGUUUACGGUCACACCAAUUUCCAUCAUUUCCAUUACACUGUCUGACUGUCUGUUUGGAAGUAGAAUCUUUGUAAAUGAUACUGCAUGUUUUCCUAUGUUUUUGUUGUUUCCAUAGCCUGAUAAGCAUUAGUUUAAAAGACGAGUAAGAAGUUUGAAGCAACGACAAAAGUUGAAGCAAAAAAUGUGUUACCCUUUUUACAGUUUUGAAC